CGUGUCUCACAAUGUCUGCAAUGAUUAACAUUUUUUGGAUUUUUGUAGCAAUCGAAGUGUGUGUUGCCUUAGGACAAAAUCAAUCAAAUUGUCCCAAAUCGUGUGCUUGUAAAAAUCGAGAGGCGACUUGUAAAAAUCAUGGUUAGAAUUUGACAUUUAUUCCUCAUCUCUCGUUGGACAUAACCAAACUGGAAUUUGAAGGCAAUUUGUUGCGUAAUUUGGGUCCUGGUGUGUUUUCCAAUAUAUCAAACCUUGGCUUGAAAUGCCUCAUACUAAGAAGAAAUCAAAUCUACCGCAUUGAUACUCAAGCGUUCAAUGCUCUUCAUCAACUUGAAAUGCUAGACCUUAGCGGAAACAAUAUGCACGUGAAUCAGGUACAAAACGCUUUUGUUGGUCUGCAAAAUACUAAGCUACGAAUAUUAUAUAUUUCAGCGAUGCAUUUAAAAGCCCUUCCGGAAGCCUUUUUCUUCCAUAUGAAAAAUUCCAAUCUGACACAAGUCGUCAUGGAUAACGAUUUACUUAACACAUUUCAGGCAGUUGUGUUUAUUGUGCCUCCAAAAUUGCAGAAGAUAUCUUUGGCACAAAAUAACAUAUCAAGUGUGAGCUUGAAUAAACAACUACAUUUGCUUGAAGAAUUAGAUUUAAGUAAAAAUAAUAUGCGUACUGUCCCCUUGUUUUGUAACAGGACAUCUGAACCUUACCUACCUAGGCUAAAAGUUCUUGAUAUUAGCAGUAAUCUUAUUUCGAAAAUCAAACCGAGAGCAUUUCUAGGAACUUGUCUACCAAAUUUAACACAUCUGAUCAUAAGUGACAACAAAAUUGAAUAUCUGCCAAACAAAAUGAUAAGCCGACUAGUGAAUCUUGUGAGUCUGUCAAUAAAACAUUUAGGUGACAAUAUUGUGAUUGGCCCUUGGGCUCUGAACAGUUCAUCUUUGAAAUAUUUACACAUGGAAAAUCGUUUUAACAUAUUCGAAAGACCGGAGUAUGAGAUGUUAUUCUGGGGAUGUCCUAAUCUCAUUUUUCUGGAUAUGACUGAUGUACAAUUCACGCAUCAGAAUGAAACAAAAAGCAAAGCCUUUACGCUGUUUUCGCCCUUGCACAGAUUACAAGACUUGAUUUUAAAAGGUACUUCUUUGUCUGUACUUCCAGAGAAUUUAUUUUCAGGCAUGUCAAAUUUGACCAAUCUUUCCCUGGAAAACUGCAAAUUAAGUCAAUGGACAAAUGAAGUUUUUUCAAAGGCUGUGUCGCUCAAAUCUCUACAACUAGGCCAUAAUUUGAUAUCAAUUAUCAAUCAAACAUCAUUGCCUCUACGUGUUGAGAAAAUUGACCUACAGGGAAAUCCUUUUCUAUGCUCCUGUGAUCUUGUCUGGUUCCGAGAUUGGAUUCGAGAAAAUUCUAACAAACUUUCAGGUUGGUCAACUGACUACACUUGUAAGCAACCAUCUAAUUGGGAUGGAAAAAAUUUAAUAGACUUCCAUCUGUCGUACAUAUACUGCCAUCCGUUGAACCCCAUCACGAUUCUGGGCAUCUCCAUUUCUGUUCUUUCCGUAGUCAUUUUAGUUGCAUCUGGAGUUUUGUAUCACUACCGAUGGCACAUAAAAUAUCAUUUAUACUUAUUACGAGCGAAGAGUCGCGGCUAUGAAGCACUUUCUGGCUGUGAAUUUGUGUAUGAUGUUUUCAUUGCAUAUAAUUCGAAUGACCGUGUGUGGGUGAUAUCUGAAAUGAUACCGAUAUUAGAGAAACAGGAAAAUAUGAAGCUCUGUUUGCAUGAGCGAGACUUUGAAAUCGGCAAAAUGAUCAUUGAUAACAUUACUGACACAAUGCAGAAGAGUAGAAAGAUAUUGCUUAUUUUGUCCAACAACUUUGCUGAAAGUCAUUGGUGUCGUUUUGAAACUAUGAUGGCACAGAUUCGAUCUAUGAAUGACGGCGAGAAUAUGGUAGUAGUUAUUCUUCUGGAAAGAAUUCAAACAAAAAAUAUCACAAACUCACUGCAUGUUUUGCUCAAUACUACUACUUACAUUGAGUGGAAAAACAAAGAAAACGAAAAAGAGUUAUUCUGGCAAAGACUAGUUUCUGCUUUGAAGUCCUAAUCAUGUGUAUUAUUUUUAUAUUGUAUGCGAAAUAAAUGAUCAUUCAUUUUCUAA